AGUGAUGAGAAUGAGGUUGUGUUGUGACCUCCACGCCACCAGGUGGAGCUGCUGUGCUCCAAUGGCGAAGCGUCGCGGGGGUGUGGGCGUGGCUACCUGGAACGGUUUCCUGUACGCUAUUGGAGGACAUGACGCUCCCGCCUCCAGCCUGGCAUCACGACUCAGCGACUGUGUGGAGAGGUAUGACCCCCAGACGGAUGCGUGGACGGCGGUAGCCCCCAUGAGUAUCAGUCGUGACGCUGUUGGUGUGUGUCUCCUUGGAGACCGUCUCUAUGCGGUCGGCGGUUACGAUGGAACGGUGUACCUGAACACUGUCGAGGCCUACGAUCCCCAGACCAACGAGUGGACACAGGUGGCGCCACUGUGUCUGGGCCGGGCUGGGGCCUGCGUGGUGACUGUCAAACUGUGAACACACUCACACCGGAACACUCACACCGGAACACUCACACCGGAACACUCACACCGGAACACUCACGCCGGAACAUUCACGCCGGAACAUUCACACCGGAACACUCACGCCGGAACACUCACACCGGAACACUCACGCCGGAACACUCACGCCGGAACAUUCACGCCGGAACACUCACACGCUGAACACUCACGCCGGAACACUCACGCCGGAACACACACGCCGGAACACUCACACCUGAACACUCGUUGGACCCUCCCAUUCUUCUUUGUCUCCAGGGUUUAACGCUAACAUUCCACUCAAACCAGCAAGAGACACAUUACAGACAUUGAGUUAGAGAGGAUAUUACUGACUACUGAUUGAAGAGUUCUCUUCCUCUCUCUCUCUCUCUCUCUCUCUCUCUCUCUCUCUCUCUCUCUCUCUGUCUCUGUCUCU